AUGUUAACUAUGAGCAAACCGAAAAAGUAUAGAGGUAUCACUCAAUACCUAGUAUCUGAUAUUGACACCCAGCGGGCUGAUAUUGUCCUCAUUAUCUGCGGCCUCAUCAGUGGUUUAGUCGAUGGCAUCUCGUUUGUUGCAUGGGGUAGUUUUGCUAGCAUGCAAACAGGCAACACCGUUUUUAUUGCCCUAGGUGUCUCUGGUCAACCUACUUAUCCAGCCUAUCUUUGGGUCAAAUCGCUCGUAUCCGUAUCGACUUUCAUGAUAAGCAAUAUCUUCUUUGGCCGUUUCAUGAACUUUCUUGGUACCAAGCGUCGUUUAACUUACGUGAUCUGCUUCAUGAUGCAAUCCAUCGCUCUUCUUGGAGCCUCACUGCUCGUUCAACUCCAUGUCGUGUCUCCAAGACCGGAGGAUCCACGGGCCCCAAUAGCCUGGAACCAGGUUUUGCCUAUUAGUCUACUCGCUUUUCAAGCUGCGGGACAGAUUGUCGCCAGUCGAGCUCUAGAGCAUGACGAGUUGCCCACUCUGGUGCUGACGACAUUAUUGUGUGAUUUGCUGAUUGACCCGCAUUUGUUUCGCAAGGUCAAUCCAAAGAGGAAUAGAAGAGUGGCAUGUUUUGUCACCUUGUUCAUGGGUGUGAUGAUUGCUGGUGGUCUAUUCAAAUUGACCCGCAUGAGUUUGGGUUUGUGGUUGGCGUUUGCUUUGAAAAUGGCUAUCACUGUUUCUUGGCUAUUUUGGAAAGGGGCAACUUUUAAAGAUGGCCGUGAUGGAAAUCAAAGGGCUGGGGAACAUGUGUGA